AUGACGUCACUCCCGACAGCUCUCAGCAGCAGCGGCGGCGGGGGGAAGGUGGUUCUGGUGGGGGUGCGACUGCACCAGCCGAACGCGAAUCUCCUGUGGGGCGGCGGCAGCAGCAGCAGCAGCGGCGGCGGCGCGGCAAUCUCGAGGGAGGGGCAGGCGCUGGUGGAGUUCACCCUCGCGAGGCUCGUGGUGCCUGGGGAUCGUAUUGUCGCCAUGGCUGUCCGAAUUGUGCGCGCCCCGCAGACCUCAGGUGCGUGCUGCCCCACAGUCCUGAGGCGCGGCAAUCUCGAGGGAGGGGCAGGCGCUGGUAGAGUUCACUCUCGCGAGGCUGGUGGUGCCCGGGGAUCGUAUUGUCGCCAUGGCCGUCCGAAUAGUUCGCUCCCCGCAGACCUCAGGUUCGUUCACUCACCCCCCCCCAGCAGUCCUCUGGCGCGGCGCCCCCAGCAGUCCCCAGACGCGCCCCCCCCCCAGAAGUCCCCAGGCGCGCGCCCCCCCAGUAGUCCUCAGGGGCGGCCCCCCCCAGCAGCUCUCAGGUGCCUGGCGAUCGUAUCGUUGCCAUGGCCGCCCGAAUCCCCGCUGUCCUCAUGUCGUUCUUUACCCGCCCUGCCGCCACCAGGGUCGCGCAAGGCACAGUUCAACUCCGAGCAGGACGGGGAGGAGGAGAUGAGUUGGGCACGGUUCAACUCAGAGCAGGACGGGGAGGAGGAGGAGGACGCGAAUCAGAGAAUGCUGGCAGCCCUGCACCCCAAGAUCGAGGUGGCCGCUGCCAAGCAGAUCGCUCUCCAAGUCGUGGUGCGCUCGGCCCCUCGUGUGCGAGAUGCCCUGCUCUAUGAAGCAAAGCUGCUUAAGGCUUGUCUGGUGGUCAUAGGGCCCGUGAAACGCACCAUCACUCUUAUAGGUGGCAGUGCCGGUUCUGACGUGGACAUGAUGACGUUUCUCGCCGACCGGCUGCCGGCCAGCUGCAAGAUCAUGCUCGUCUCAAAUAACGCCUGCUCCGCUACAAGACAAGGGAAAGUGCCUGUUCCGCCUACCUCCCCCCAAUCUCCGCGGAUAGACCCAGGGGGAGGGGGAGGGGGGAGUGGCAUGGGGGAAGGGGGAGGGGGGAGUGGCUUGGGGGGAGGGGGAGCGGGGCAGGGGUCAAGGGGAUAUGGAGGGGGGUCUGAUGGGGGCGGUGGGGUACCGAAUGGGGGAGGAAGCAGAGGAGCAAUGGGGGGACGGAUGGGGGGAGGGGGGGUUAUGGGGGGAGGGGGAGGGGACAGUGGUGGGGGCUGGCAGCAAUGUCCCAGAUCUCCCCGAUCCCAAUCCAACGGCCAGUAUUUCUUCGCCCCUCCCCCAUCCCCAGUCCCGCCUGCCCCGCCGACCGAAAUCAUUCGGGAAGUUUACGGGCAGGACGAGUACGGGCAGCAGGAAUUUUACCUUGACGAGCUCCUAUUGGCCACGGAUAAUUUCUCUCCGCAGAGACUGAUCGGGGAGGGCGGCAGUGGUCAGGUGUUUGUGGGGAUGCUCCCACCUGGCAGGUGUCCUCAGGUGGAAUCCCAGGGUGGGGGGAGCGAGGGGUGGGGGAGAGGGGGAUGGGGGGAGGGCGGAACAGGGGGAGGCGCAGCAGGGGGGGGCGCAGGGCGGGGGAGCGGCAGUGGUGUGGCCAGUGGGGGCUGUCGGAAGGUAGCGGUGAAGAGACUACGAUGGUGGGGGCCGGCUGUAGCGGACGUGCAGGGGGCGGCGAACGCUCGGCAGUUUCUGGCUGAGCUGCGGGUGCUGCGGCGCAUCCGGCACCCGAGCCUGCUGGGGCUGCUGGGGGUGUGUGCGACAGCGGGGGAGCUGCUGAUGGUGUUCGACUUCCUGCCUAAUGGAUCGCUGGAGACAAGACUGCGAGGUAAGGAUCUCCGCGUCAGCAUUGCGUGUGAGGCGGCUACCGGGCUGGCCUUCCUGCGGGCUGCCUCUGUGCCUGACACGUCAAAAUUGCUAUUCCCAUCCCCGCUACCUUGGGAUCUCCGCAUGCGCAUCGCCUGUGAGUCGACUCAAAAAUCGACUCACUACGUGCGCAUCGCCUGUGAGUCGACUCAAAAAUCGACUCACUACAUGCGCAUCGCCUGUGAGUCGACUCAAAAAUCGACUCACUACAUGCGCAUCGCCUGUGAGUCGACUCAAAAAUCGACUCACUACAUGCGCAUCGCCUAUCAUACAAAGCCCCCGCUACCUUGGGAUUUGCGCAUGCGCAUCGCGUGUGAGGCGGCCACCGGGCUGGCCUUCCUGCACUCGUGCCGGCCGCCCAUCAUUCAUCGGGACGUGAAGGCAGCCAAUGUGCUGCUGGAUGCUCACAUGCACGCCCUGGUGUCAGAUUUUGGGCUGGCCAAGGUGGCAUCAGACCAGUACACCCAGCCCAUGGCGGUUACCAGCAUCAUGGGCACCCGAGGCUACGUGGCGCCAGAGUACGUGCAAACGGGCCUCAUCACAGCAGCAAUAGAUGUGUAUGCGUUUGGAGUCAUACUCCUGGAGCUUAUAACGGGUCAUGUGCCCUUCCAUCCCGGCAGGCAGCCCCCCAACCUCUCUGCCUGGGCCAUCCCCAUCGCCAACAAUGAGGAGUUCACUCGCCUCGUAGAUUACCGCCUGGAGGGCCGCUUUGACCCUGCACAGCUGCAGGCAGUCUCCAUGCUGGCCGUGCUGUGCCUCGCUGCCAACCCCAAGCACCGACCGACAAUGGAUCAGGUUGUUACCUGGCUAAGGGACUGGAUAAGGGUUCGCACCACAGAGCAACUACAAACAUCUUAG